AAGACAUCUUAAUUCCCAUAAUCUUGUUUAGCAUUGUCAAAUUUAUAUUUGCUCAAUUUUGAAGAGAACUAAAUACAUCUUUACGGAAAAAUGAAUAGACUUUUUGGAACUGGAAAACCAAAGCAACCACCACCAAACUUAACAGAUGUCAUUGGAAAUGUCGAUAGCCGUGGUGAUUCAGUGCAAAAGAAAAUUGGCAUGUUAGAUAAGGACCUCUUGAAGUAUAAAGAACAGAUGAAAAAAAUGAGGGAUGGGCCAUCGAAGAAUAUGGUGAAGCAGAAAGCAAUGAGAGUUUUAAAACAGAAGAAGAUGUAUGAAAGUCAGUUGGAAAAUCUUCGUAAUCAAUCGUUUAACAUGGAGCAGGCGAAUUUCGCCACACAAACAUUAAAAGACACAAAAACAACCGUUGAUGCCAUGAAAACGGGAGUUAAACAAAUGAAAAAAGAAUACAAGAAGGUGAACAUAGAUGAAAUUGAGGAUAUACAAGACGAUAUGGAAGACAUGUUGGACCAAGCCAACGAGGUGCAAGAAGCACUUGGUCGACAGUAUGGCAUGCCAGAGAUUGAUGACGCUGAUUUAGACGCAGAAUUGGAUGCUCUUGGUGACGAGAUGUUUCUUGAAGACGACGCAGCUUAUCUUGACGAAGCUUCGAGUGCGCCAGCAGUACCUGGUAGUAUGCCCGGAGAAAGUGAAGCAUCUGGCUCAAGAACAAAGGAUGGAGUUCAAGUGGAUGAAUUUGGAUUACCAGUUCUUUCAUCUUGAUGAGAAGAACGUCACUAUUUGUUUUUGUAUCAUAGUUUUUACGAAUCAUUAUGAACAUCGAUUGGAAAAAUUUCUUUAUGUUUAUAAAGUGAACAAAUUGAAGAUUUGCGAUACUUGUUCAGGCUUUGGUUUUCUGAUGAGCAACCUGUACCUAAGUAGUAAUAAUACAAUAUCACUAAAUACUGCUAGUCGUAAGCGUGUGACUCCAUCUGAAAAGUGUCUUUGAGAACUAUACUCCGUAAUCUUAAAAACUGUAUUCUCCAAAAAAAUGUACUUAUUUUAAAUUGUUAAUUUAUUUUUAUUUUUCAAAACCAAUUUUCAGAAUUCACAAAGCAUUCUAAACAAAAUUUGUCGAUAUUUGAUUUCGUUAUCCUGGUUGCAGUUGCGGAGGGAAACGACACAUGUCUUAAUUUUAUUUUCGGAUUCGUAUUUUAUUAAGUGUAAAACACCUUAAUAAAAAUACAUGAAAAACGAUAUUCAAA